AUAGACAUGCGAACAAGUCAUACUGAAUUGACAGAACAGGAACUGACUCUUCUUGAACACCAGUAUUAUCACUCUCCUUUGGGUCAGCGUCAAAACCAAGUCAACAAGGAAACGUUAACAAAACUCGUUAUCUUUGAUUUUGAUUCGACUUUAUUUCUAUCGCCAUUACUCAGUAGUACUCUUUGGGAUGAUUUCCUUGUGAAUGCAGUAACGACGGAGAAUUUAUUUGGACCUGGUUUCUGGCGGGACAUUCGUUCUUUGCAAGUUGGAAAUGAUGGUUUGGCUCAGUGGGAAGGUUGGUGGAAUGAAGACGUGGUACUAGCAGCAAGACAAGCAAUACAAGACCCUCAUACUGUCACGGUUCUUUUGACAGGACGACGCGCUCAUCCUUUUGCGGCCCUGGUGGAACAAAUGUUAUGCUCUAAACAAUUGACAUUUGAUAUGGUUGGUUUACGCCCCGAUCCUUCCUUGUCUGUUGAUAUGUCUUCUACCAAGACGGAUUUAGGUUUCAAUGAACAACCCGAUAUUUUUCCGACAACAAUGGAUUUCAAAGCCUGCUUCAUCCUGCAUCUACGAUCCCGGAUACCGUCAUUGCAACAUAUCAUUAUGUGGGACGAUCGACGAUCUCAUCAGUUAGCGCUACAGGAAUUCAUAUCAACCCUGAUUAACAAUGGUUAUUUUAUGGAUGGUCAUCUAGAAUCGGUGGAAGCAAUACGUCCAAAAUACAACCCACAAUGGGAACUCGCUUUGGUGGAAAACAUGUUGGCUACGCAUAAUCAAGCUCUUGAAAAAAAAUGUACAAGUUCAGCCAGUACGAUGAGAGUGAUGGUGGACACGAAAGGUAAUAUGGUGGAUUCUUAUGACCCUGUUCAACUGGUACGCCGACCGUACGCCAUGUCCUCCGAUCCUUCUGUUUUACGAUUGACACCUUGCUCUGUGGAUAGAUUAAAAAAGACAUUCGACUCAUUUUAUCAACAGCAUAUGGAAACGAUGAAACAAACGCAACCUUCUUGGCGAUAUCUCCAUGGUGAACAACCUGUCUUCUUUGGUGACAUUGUCUUUGAUACUACUGUGCCAUUUUCCUGUUCUUCGCCUACAAUACGAAAAAUAACAACAAUGGAUGAUACACAAUACAUUACUUUAGUUGUGACUGGAUGGGAUAUAGGAUCAACGAUGGAUAGAGGAAUCACGUUACGGGUAGAGGUCAAGGAAUCAUCAUCAUCAGACAAGCAACAAGAUAGUCCAUUCAUUCUUCCACUUUGGUACAAACCUUCUACUUUCCAACGAUUACCCAGUUUACCUUAUAAAUGGACAUACACUCAUGGUACUUGUGAUGAUUUGUAUUUGAAGGCUUACUCGGAUCAUGUUUAUUUAUAUGGAAUAGAAAAGAAAUAGACCUUUUUUUUUUAGAUAGAAAUGUAAUAUUAUUAUUUUGUAUUAUUAUUUUAUUAAUAUCUUGUAUUAUUAUUUUUUAUUAUUAUACGGAAAACAAUAAAUUUACCAAAUAAAAAUUAUUUUUUGU